AUGCUCAACUUUUUGAGAAGGACCGAUCAGAAGACCCAAGAGAGAAAGCGGCAACCCCGUACCCGACCCGAUGUUACUGAGCAGCAUUGCUGCUCGUGGAAGAUGCAGCUGCAAGAAAUCGGGCGGGCAAGCAAACACGCGGAUAAGGCAGGCUCAAUGAAUAGCGCAGUUUCAUCUAGGUACCUUAUGGUUUACCUCUAUCAUCUAUCAUCUACACUACGGCAGUUUCCUCAUAAUGUAUUAUCCGUAAGGUGCCUUCCCGAGGCUUUCCAUUCCGUCGGCACCUCCCUCCCUUGUCGCUACCACAUCUGGUAUAAACUCAGCCACAAGUGCUGCAACCCAAGCCUUGGUCUUCAACAACAAUCUAUUAACCUUCCAUAUCCCGGAAGUAUGAGCUCAGAUUCUGUUGUUGUCAAUUUGUCUUUGCUCGUGCCCCGACUUAUCUUUCGAGAUGGAAGGAGCGGUGUCGACGGAUACAGGAGGCUUUACCUAGAUCUCCAGACGCAAUAUCUCAACUCCGAGCAAAUCGGGCCGCAUCCCAAUGUCAUCAUCUGCAGGAAUCUCAGCCCAAACUCCAAUCGGUUGACCGGCAAUCUCGGCCACAAGAAACGACAGCUCAUGACAGUUCAUGACAACAAGAUGCUGCAUAUCAAGCACUUCGGGCAGGUCAAACUUCAUAAGACGACGCACCUACCCUAA